AUGUAAAAAAUUAGUGAUUUACCAAAGAGACCUUCAAGAUCAUAAAGGUUGGAACAAAUAAGUAGAAGGAUUAAUCUGAUUUCAAAUCAUUUUCCAAUGAAGUUUAUUUAGUAAAAUCAAGCGAUUAAUAUUUACGCAGUUGAGUUUGAUCCACCAAUAGCUGAUGAUGCUAGAAAAUUAAGGGAAGAAAUAGUUAGAUUAGCAACUAAAGAUCUUUAAAUAUAAGGAUUAUAAGAAUUCACAGUAAUAAAAAUAUUAAAAUGAUUUUAGUUAAGAGGCAAGAAUAUUUGGUCAUCUUUCAAUGUUAAAGAUCGUUUGAUUGCUAAGGCAUCUUUCUAAGAAUUAGAAUAUGUUGUUAUAGCAUAACAUAAAAAGGAAUACACUUUGUAAGAUCUAUCAGAAACAACAACAAAUCCAGUUACAUAAUCUAUAAAUGUAGCAGUAAAAAGAUCAUUAAAAGAAAUGGGUAUGAUUGAAAUAGGUAGAUAAUCUAAAUUUUAUGAUCCAAAAAAUAUUGAAUGCAAUAGAGUAUAUAUAAUUUAUAUAUUAGAUUAAUGAACAUGGAUUAAAAGUGUGGAGAGGUGUAAAAACUUCAUUUUAAUUUUAUUAAGGGAUGCCAUUUCUGUAAAUUGAUUUUGCAUCAAGAGUACUUAGAGAUUAGAAUGCUUUAGAAUUCAUGUUUAGUCUCAAUACUAAGAAUAUUUAAGAUAUAAANUUUAGAAUUGAAACUAAUUCAAGUAAAAAAUGUUUUAGUUUAAUCAUGUUAAAAUACAAGAAUCGUUGA